AUGGCGGCAACGUCAGAUGAAUUUGUGUUCCCACCGAAAUUAGAUUCAAAGUAUUUCCCUGGUAAAGAUGAGAAGGUUUGUGUGGUAUCCAUCCUUGGCAAGUCAGCUCACAAUGGCCACAACUCUAAGGCAUCCAUAAUCAACCACAUUCUGGAUAGAGAUGUUUUCCAGGGAUACCCAAGCUGUAAAGAUAGCAACAGGCACUUGGAAUACUUCCAUGAUACGGACAGCAGGGUUGUAUACCUACAUCACUGGUCUAGCUUUGAUACAGCCAGAUUGAUCAAGAUAUGCCAGAACAUCUCACAAGAUCAGGAUAUCCACAGUAACCUGUUGACAGAAGAUCUUCAGCAUGCCAAGACUCUACUCUUCCUGUUUUCUGUGUCACAUUUAGUGUUGCUGAACCACCCAGGUACCACCUUUGAUGUGUCCUAUAUACACCUGUUUAACUCUAUCAACACCAUCAGGCUGAAAUGGCAGCCCUUUGUGUCAGAAGUGCUGAGUGAGUUUGCUCUGCCCAAGGACUGGGUGUCAGCUGGGCGCCCUUGCUCCCCGAGGGUACUGUUCGUGUUCAGUGACUGUGUACUGGAGAGUGACCCAGGGAAGCCCCAGGGGCAGAGAGGGCCCUCAGUACGACGUCAUCAGCAUGCUAUCGAAGACCAGAUCUACAGUCUACUCAGAAAGGCUAGAACCAUUACCAAUAUUAGCAACAACUCUCUCUUUGCUGUGCCAGCCAAUCAGGAGUUUGUUUACAUCCACACCAAAGAUAACGAACUGGCUGAUCCACUCAUGACCUAUCUCUCUCAGAUGAAAAGUAACUGUCCAAUCAGGAAUGAGACAGAAUCCCCACGUAGCCGUGGUUACCAAAUGAAUCGCCAUGGCAACCAGAAAGUGGGCAUGGGAGACAACUCCGCUGUGACUACUAUGCAGAAUGGUCAUGGUGAACGGAGGUUUAAAGAGUUUCUAGAACAGCAUAUUGUCCAGGCUCUUACCAAAGGCUUUGAUGAUAAUGUGGGCAGACAUCCUAUACCUGCCUUGUUUGAGCUAUGCACUUGUGAAGUAUGGUUUACUAUGGCCACUUGCCUGUAUCAGAUGAUGUUCAGUCUGGACCUGGACCCCCGCCUCAGGGGAUACUUCAACACUCUCAAGUCUCUCUUAGAGACAGACGUCAGGUUCUCCGAGAAUCGUUGUAGCAAAGUUUUACCUGUGGCAGAGAGCACCUAUCAGGAUGGACUUCCCCCACACUACACAGAGUCUUAUCACCAGAGCAAGCUGGCUCAGGCUAGGCGCGUGUUUUGUCAGCAUGCUCGGGGACCUUGCUUCAAGAAGUACUUGGUACAGCUGGAGGAGGCCUGUGAGAAAUGGUGGAAGAAUGGUCAUCAGUUGUGUGAGGCAAUAAGCUUGACUGGCAACCACUGUGUUAACAGGUUACAUAGUGCGCCAGGGGAGAGCACUGAGGGUGACCUGGAGGAGAUGCCCCAUUGUAGUCAGUUCAAGACGAGAGCCUCCUGUAAUUGUGGGCAGACACAGGCUGAUAGGGAGGAUCCCUUUGAUCACAAGGCUGCAAAUUAUGAUUUUUACUGUCAGCUGGAAGAGCAGUGUUGUCAUGAAUUGAAGCGCAUAGAACUUCCUGUGUUCCAUGCCAGUACGUCUGAGAUCCGGGCCGGCAAGCCUGCUAGCAGUGAAACCCCCACUACAGAGCCUCAGUCCAGUCUGCCGAAGACAGAUCUCCUCACCUCAGGAAUGGCCAGUCUUAGUCUAGCACUGAGUCUGGAUCAGACUGAUAUAGGGCAGUCCAUGGGGUCUGUGGCUGAGACGCACACAGACGCAGAAACAGGGGGAGCAACUCUUAACCUACAAAGUCCUACAGAGUCCUCCAAACCUCUGAGUCGCCAGCAUUCGACAGUGGAAUACUUACCUGGUAUGAUUCACACGAGUAGUCCCAGCGGUCUGCUGCCCACCUUCCCCUCCUGGUCAGUGUGCUGUCUGGGCAAGGCCUCCGCCUACAACACUACACAAGGCUUGGAUCAGCAGGGCUUUCUUCCAGGGAGUAACUUCUUGCUGCCAUGGGAUAUCCCGAUCACUGCGGAGAAGGAGAAGUGGCCCACGGUCGGGGAAGGGGUCAUGAGGAAGGGCAAACAGAGGCGCACCCAGAAAGAACAACACCCGCUAACUGUUUUCCCAGAAGCCAGCGAGACAACUCUGAGGGCUUACCUGGGGAUGGAAUAUGAAUGUCCAAGAGGUCACAGGUUCUUCUGUAGCGGACCAGAAAAAAUUAUCAAGGUGUCCAGUACAAGUACUGUGAAGGACAAUGCUAACAAGUUGCUGAGCAUGGACAUGCCACUGUAUUGCCCCUGUCAUUGCAGAAGCUCUAAGGGGUUCAUGGCUCAGCUGAUGCGCGUGUUUGUGGUCACCCCUGAGGGGCCUCUCUCUAUCAGUGUAGACCCCAAGGUCAGACCAUGCCCUCCUCCCUGCCCGGUCUUCCACCCGGGCACAGGUCCCAUAGAGCUCACCGCUGGGGCUAUCUGGGUUAUACGACUUCCCUUUGUAUACCUUGGUUCUUCUGGGGCGUACACAAUGCCCAGUGACCCUGACCAGCUCAUACAGUGCAGGCUCCUCCAGGGAAUGUUUAACUAUACAGACCUGUCCCAGGCUCAGGACACUUAGAGCCAAGGGAUUCUCCUCCAGAAGGUUUUUGAUGACAAAUACCAGUCUCUGGCCCAAGAGAGAAUGGGCCCAGGCCUGCUGUUACCGUAGCUCUUCCAGGAAGUGUUUGACGACACAGAUCUGUUCCUCUGCUCAAGAACCAAGGAACCAAGGUCUGCUACUAUAUGUACAUGUGGCUCAUCCACAAGAUCUUUGGUGACACAUACCUGCCCUGACCCAAGACGGAUAAAGACAGGGACGGCUCCCCCAGGAGGUUUUUUGAUGACACAAAUCUCUCGUGGUUCACAACAUUACUGCUAGUUUGGAGGACUUAGAUCUGUCACCUGGCUCAGGAAUCUCUGAGCCAAGGGCUUCGGCUAGCACCUACAUGAAGUUUAGACCACAUAGAUAUGUUCUCUUACUUACGGCACUUACUAUCAAGUGCUGCUGUGAGCUUCUGGAGCAAUCCUAAUGAUAAAGGUGUGUCCCUUGGUUCUGGACACCAUAGCACACCUGCAGCCAAGGGGCACUGCUUGCUUCUCCUUGGUUCUGGACACCAUAGCACACCUGCAGCCAAGGGGCACUGCUUGCUUCUCCUUGGUUCUGGACACCAUAGCACACCUGCAGCCAAGGGGCACUGCUUGCUUCUUCUUGGUUCUGGACACCA